AUGAAGGUUGCGCGGCGGCUAGGGUUUUCUGUGAGAAGAGAUGAGAUGCGUGCGCCCUAUUUAUAUGCGCUGGAGGCAGACCACACGGAUCUGACAGCGACUGUUUGGGUCGCCUCAUUGGAGAUCCCUGACGCGGUUCCUAUGCGACUCCAUGUCACGCUGAUCCUGUAUGACCUAGACACACACAUGGCGAGCACAGGUCCAGGACCCCCGUCCCCUGCCAACGGCUCGAACAGGAACCGCGUCCGCUGCUCACUUUCGGCUUUGCAUCGUUCCAGCUUGUACUUGGCCGCCCAGUUCUACGGCUUACUGGCGGACAACCACGGCGGCAGCGACGGUGGCCGCCACGUGAGAAUCCACGACUUGAAACCGGCGACCUUUGAGGCCGUUCUCCAUUUCAUUUACACGGACACCUUGCCGCCUGUCGAGGACGACGACGCCGACGAUCUCCUGCUGAGUCAGUCAACCAACUACCCAGGUCUCAGAGAAGCUGCUGUUGGUUGUUCCAAGGAGAGCCGUAGAGAGAUGAUCUGCGAUUGGCUUGCAGCGGCGGACCGGUACGACCUGGAGAGGAUGAGGCUUCUGUGCGAGAGCGCGUUGAGCGAGACCAUCGACGUCGAGAAUGCUGCGGGCACGCUGGAGCUGGCCGACCGGCACCAUUGCCCACAGCUCAAGGCCUUCUGUGUAGACUACAUCGCGUCUCCUGGAGUGCUGAAGGCUGUGCUGGCAACCGGCGGCUACAGAGAGCUAAAGGUGAAUUCUCCCUCUGUUGUUGCUGAUGUCCUGGAGAAACUUGCAAGUACCGGUAGUUCUUAACGAUGAGCAGUACUGCGCCGCAAGCCUGCAACACUACUUGCUGAUUGAUUCCAUUUUUUUUUUUUUGAGAUAA